UUUGUUUAUCUUAUAUUCUAUACCACAAAGUAAAGAAAACGGUUGGAUGAGAGACAAACAGAAACGUACCGGAUAUCCAUGGCGGGUGUGCUUCCUUCAAUACUCUCUCCACAGACUUCGCUCACUCGUCCUUAUCAAAAGCCAUGCAGUUGCAGAGCCAUGAACUUUAGUUCUUUCAUCUUCAACGAAGAAAAGGAAAAGCGUGCUCUUGUUCGUUGCAGGGCAAAGAAGAAAAUCAGCUUCACGGACCAAAUUCUCGAUUACAUAGAAGGGGGUCCCAAGUUGAGGAAAUGGUAUGGAGCACCUGAUCUCCUUCCUAAAGAUGGGUCCAUUGUUGAAGAUGAGGAUGAAGAUCAAGUAGAUGAAGCCAGGGAUGCAGUUUUAGUAAGCAAUGGAGAUAGUGAUAUUGGUCAGAUGGUAAUAUUGUCAUUGAUUGUGAAAAGAGCGCGAGUUAAAGCGCUGGUGAAGGACAAACGGGCUGCACUCGAAGCAUUUGGGACAUAUGUUGAGUCAUUGACAGGAGAUUCUAGGGACAAACCCUUCUUGAGAAAAGCUCUAAGAGGAGUCCGGACAAUAAUUUGCCCAAAUGAAGGUUUUUUAUCUAAUGUUGGAAGCUUGAAAGGGGUACAACACGUAGUUCUUUUAUCUCAGUUGUCUGUUUAUAAAGGUGCCGGUGGAAUUCAAGCCUUCAUGAAAAGCAAUUCAAGAAAAUUGGCUGAGCAAGAUGAAUCAGUACUGGUAGCAUCAGGAAUCCCAUACACCAUCAUCAGGGCUGGCUUGUUAAAAGAUUCUCCAGGUGGAACGCUAGGCUUUAGCUUUGAAAAGGGCAGUGCUGCAAAAGGAAGCCUUAGCAAGGAGGAUGCUGCCUUUAUUUGUGUGGAAGCUGUUGAUACAGUUCCGCAAAGAGGAUUCACAUUUGAGGUGGUAAAUGGAGGAGAGAAAAUUUCAGAUUGGAAAGAAUGCUUGGCCAGAUUGAUGGAUAAAGUAGAAGGGGAACCCUGAUCAUCCCAAUUUGCUCAUUUUGACUUUUCUUUUCAUUAGUUGGUGAUUUAUGGAUUGUAAUGUUUUUGCAUCAGAAAGAAGAGCAUAUGGAUUUGUUGUUAAUUUCUUUCCUGCAUGACCUGCACCAUGAUAGAUGCAUAUAUAUAUAUAUAUAUAUAUAUGUGUGUGUGUGUGUGUGUGCUUAUUUAUAAGCAGGUUUGCGUGUUUAUGCAUGACUUCGGAGCAACAUGCAUGGGUCAAAAUGAGUCUGUACAAGUGACUUUUCUAGCUAUGUGCAAGCCCAACUGGAAAACACUUCACCGGCUUCUAUUA